AUGCUUGUGUGUAUUGCAGGGCUGCUGAGCGAUGUGGCAGUGGGUGGCGGCGGCGGCGGCGCUGGCGGCGGUGUGGGCGGCGGGGGCGGCGCUGUGGCGGCGGGGGCGGCGUCGCGCUCGCCUCGUGGGCCUGGCCGAACGGGUGCCGGGUCCGCCCUCGCUCCCGCUGAUCGGGUAAUUCAAGAAAGAAAGCUUUCUGCACCGAGACAAAGUGAUUUCAAAGAUGAAAAUGAAAUAGGAGUCUUUGGCUCACAUCCAGACGUUCAGGAGAAGGUGGCGGAGGAGCUGCAGGCGAUCUUCCAGGGCUCCGACAGGCCCCCUUCCAUGCAGGACCUGGCCGAGAUGAAGUACCUGGAGCGCGUCAUCAAGGAGACUCUGCGCCUCUACCCCAGCGUGCCCUUCAUAGCGCGCCAUCUCAAUGAGGAUCUCCAAGUCGGCAAGUACAGCCUCUUCGCCGCUCCGUUGCGUCCUACGGGCGAGUUCGAGACAUCAGGACGUUUCACUCGUAGUGGAUACAGAUUACCCGCAGGCUGCAACGUUGCCAUUCGCAUCUACUUGGUGCACCGGAACCCAGAGUACUUCCCUGAGCCAGACAAGUUCAAUCCGGACCACUUCCUCCCAGAGCGGGUGCAGGGCCGCCACCCUUACGCCUACAUCCCCUUCAGCGCAGGAUCCAGGAAUUGCAUCGGCCAGAAGUUCGCGAUGUUGGAGGAGAAGGCGGUUCUGUCCACACUUCUACGCCGCUACUCCUUCCGCGCUGUGGACAAGCAAGAGGACCUCAAGUUGUUAAGCGAACUCGUUCUGCGGCCCAGCAAUGGCAUUCGCAUCAAGAUCCAGCGCAGACAUCAGUAUCAGAAGUCAGCCUAAAUGUUGUAACCUUUACCAUCUCCUUUUUUAAGCAGUUUGUCCUAAGAUUGGUCAUGGAUUCAGUUAAACAAAAUCCCUCAAUUAUAACAAUAUAAGGUGCAUUGUAAUAACAUUUUGC